GGUAGGAUGUUUUGAUGAGUUGGAGUGGUCAGGCGGGCCGGGCCGGGCCAGGCCGUGACGUAGAGGGAGAGGCGACUGGGAGUGAGGGAGGGCCCCGGGACCUGCGACUCGUGUCGGCGACAUGGAGAAUCGGCCGAAUGUUCUGCUGACAGGUACUCCAGGUGUUGGCAAAACCACCCUUGGUAAAGAGUUAGCUGGAAGAACUGGACUGACAUAUGUGAAUGUGGGAGAACUGGCAAAAGAAGGUCAACUAUAUGACGGUUAUGAUGAAGAAUACUCAUGUCCUAUUCUGGAUGAAGAUGGGGUGAUUGAUGAACUUGAGGAGAAGAUGAGUGAAGGUGGAGCAAUUGUCGAUUACCAUGGGUGUGACUUCUUUCCAGAGCGCUGGUUCCACAUUAUCUUUGUCCUUCGAACAGAUAAUUCAAUUUUGUAUGACCGAUUAGAAAGCAGGGGAUACAGUGGAAAGAAACUUCAGGACAACAUACAGUGUGAGAUUUUCCAGACCAUAUAUGAGGAGGCUGUGGAAUCUUAUCGAAAGGAGAUUGUGUAUCAGUUGCCCAGCAACACGCCUGAGGACCUGGAAGGAAACUUAGACCAAAUUGUACAGUGGGUCGAACAGUGGAUGAAAGAUAACAAUUAAACGCUGCCAAUUAUGGAAGGUUUUGCGCUGAGAAGCUGGGUUGCUGGCACAAAUUGAAACUUAUAUGCUGAGAUAGCUAUUUGUAUUGGGCUGUCUGUUUAUAAAAUUGUGAAAAGGCACUGGUAAUUUAAGCAGUGGAAAACACAAAGAACAUGCAGGCUAUAUGAAAAUUAAUUAUUUGUUAAAUAUUUGGGGACGGAAUUGUAUGAUAAUCACUGCAGAUAUUUUGCUCUUAAACCAAGAUAUGUACGUCUACCAAUAUGAGAACGUGACCGUUCAUUUAAAUUUAAUUUGUUUUCGUUUAAGACGUUUAAGCCAAAAUAUCUUACUAGUUCUUUGGAAAAGAAAGUUAAAAUUAUAACUCAAAUCAUAGUGUGUAUUAUAUAUUUUUUUGUAAUUUAACCUUUGAAAUGUAAUUGGGUUAUUUCUUAAUGAAUAAAAUAAAAAGGGGUGUCACUUUGGGCAUUCUUCACUGAAA